CAGAAUGAAGACAUUCAAAUGUUGUUUUAAAUACCCCCUACAGCAGAAAGUUUUCAUCCUGUUUUUAACCCUAUGGCUAUUCUCCUUAUUGAAGCUUCUCAACGUGAGAAGACUCCUUUUCCCUCAAAGGGGCAUUUACCUGGUUGAGUACUCCCUAAGUACCUCGCCUUUUGUAAGAAACAGAUACACCCAUGUGCAGGAUGAAGCCGGGUAUGAAGUUAACUGUUCAGGUAUCUACGAACAGGAGCCUUUGGAAAUUGGCAAGAGUCUGGAAAUAAGAAGAAGAGACAUCAUCGACUUGGAUGAUGAUGAUGUCGUGGCAAUGACCAGUGAUUGUGACAUUUAUCAGACCCUAAGAAGGUACCAUCAAAAGCUUGUUUCAGGGGAGGAGAAAAGCUUCCCAAUAGCCUAUUCUUUGGUUGUUCACAAAGAUGCCAUUAUGGUUGAAAGGCUAAUCCAUACGAUAUACAACCGGCACAAUAUUUACUGCAUCCAUUAUGACCGAAAGUCACCUGAGGCCUUCAAAGUUGCCAUGAACAAUUUAGCUAAGUGCUUCUCCAAUAUCUUCAUUGCUUCCAGGUUAGAGACUGUGCAAUAUGCCCACAUUUCCAGACUCCAAGCUGAUUUAAACUGCUUGUCAGACCUUCUCAAAUCUUCAGUUCAAUGGAAAUACGUUAUCAACCUGUGUGGGCAGGAUUUUCCUUUGAAGUCAAACUUUGAAUUAGUGUCAGAGUUGAAGAAACUCAAAGGAGCAAACAUGUUAGAGACGGUGAAACCCCCUCGAAGUAAAAUGGAAAGAUUCACAUACCGCCAUGAACUGAGACAGGUGCCUUAUGAGUAUGUGAAGCUUCCAGUAAGGACGAACAUCUCCAAGGAAGCCCCUCCUCAUAACAUUGAGAUAUUUGUUGGCAGUGCUUAUUUUGUUUUAAGUAGAGCAUUUGUUAAAUACAUUUUCAACAACUCCCUCGUUAAAGACUUUUUUGCCUGGUCUAAAGAUACAUACUCACCUGAUGAGCAUUUUUGGGCCACCUUAAUUCGGGUACCAGGAAUACCUGGGGAGAUUUCCAGGUCAGCCCAGGAUGUAUCUGACCUGCAGAGUAAGACCCGCCUUGUCAAAUGGAAUUAUCAUGAAGGCCUUUUCUAUCCCAGGUGUACUGGCUCUCACCUCCGCAGUGUGUGUAUCUACGGAGCAGCAGAAUUAAGGUGGCUUAUCAAAGAUGGACAUUGGUUUGCUAAUAAAUUUGAUUCUAAGGUGGACCCUGUCUUGACUAAAUGCUUGGCAGAAAAGCUUGAAGAACAACAGAGAGAGUGGAUCACUUUGUCUUCAGAAAAGUGAUUUAUGGAUAAAAAUCCCACAAUCAUGUUGUGAUAAAAUCAUGAUGGAAGUAAGCUGUCUGAUGAAUGGAGUCAAUAUGGAGUUGUACACUACCAUGCCCAGUACCAUUUGAGCUUAGCUUUCUCGUAGUCUGAAAGGUGUCUACAAUUCCAUGCACGAGGGAAAGGGACCUAGCCUUGGGUGACAGUUAGCCUGCAGUUGGUUGGGUGUUUUUAUGUUUGUUUUUGCUUGUAAUCUCACUGAGCUAAAUCAGAGAUCUUAAACGGCUAGUCAUCAGAGAUUUAUUGAGCUCCUACUGUAUGCCAGGUACUUUUUUAGAAACGUGUAGGAAUUAAAUCCAAGUUUUAAUGAGUUAUACAUUGACCUCCCUCAAGGAACUGUGGCUUACCCUAAUCACACAGCAACCUAGUAUCUUAAAUUCUCCACAUAACAGUCAGGACUCUACUGGAGAAGUUUUGCAGUGUAGGGUA